AGUAAACAUACACCAUUGAAAGACAUAUAAAAAUCAAGCCGUCUGUUCACUCAAGCCUGCUCUGUAAAGAUGGAGAAACUUUUCCUUAUAACGCUGAUGCUUGCAACAUGUAGUGCAGUUCCCAGAGAUCUUUCAGGAAAAGUGUUUGUGUUCCCCAAGGAGACAGCCAACGAUCACAUCAAACUGUUGACGUCUAAGACGUCGUUGAAUGCAGUGACGGUGUGCCUCAGGUUCUUGACAGACCUCAGCAGGAAUUAUGGGCUCCUCUCUUUGGCCACAGCCACCCACAACAAUGAUCUGGUGCUCUUCAAGUCAAACUCUCAGGACGUCAUGAGUAUGCACGCUCGGGACAGCAGCACGGACUUCCUAGCGUUGUCUCUGCCUCCCAACUCCUGGCACUCCAUGUGCGCCACCUGGAAUUCGGAGAAUGGCGUAGCCCAGUUGUGGGUGGACGGCAAGCCGACGGUGAAAAGGUUCAUCCACUCCGGGCAGCCCAUCAGCGGGGACUUCAUCACCAUUCUGGGCCAAGAGCAGGACAGCUACGGUGGUGGCUUUGACGCUAAGCAGUCGUUCAUCGGCAUGAUCUCUCACUUCUACAUGUGGGAUUACGUCAUCACCCCCGAAGAGAUCUACCGCCACAAGUUGGGUGUCCACAUCACCCCUGGCAACGUCUUCGACUGGAAAGCUCUCGACUAUCAGAUCGUGGGGGAUGUUUUGUUGGAGCAAGAGGUCGUGGAGCAGCGUGAGUUACUCAGGAGACAGUGAGUGGAGUGGACCAUGACGGUUUUGGAAAAAUAAAGGAAAACACUCAUUAAA